AGAGCGCUUGGAGAGAAGCAAGAGCCCCGAAAGUCCUAGCAAGAUGUGUGAGUAUUAGUAGGAGAGUGUAUCGGCAGAGUAUGGAACGGUGUUGGAACAGUGGAAGUGUAAUAGUGUCUUCUGUUGUGCAGGAGUGAAAAGAGCAGCAUCUAUUUCUGAGAUCGAAUCCUGCUCCAACCUUGAAACAAUUGCCUUUCAAACAGGUUCAAAUUUGUUCUGUGCAGUGUGACGAAAGUUUGAUUUUUUUUUCCAAGUUAGGCAGACUUAGACUACCGGAGGAAAUAAGCACGCAUAUCGGCCAGGCUGGAGCUGUUUUGACCCUCGGUCCCAUAUCUGCAAUCAACGAAGUGCGCCAAAACCAGGACCAAGGAAGAGGGUUUCACCUCGUGGCCAGCCAGCUUUACCCUCUCAUUCCUCGUGAAUUCGUGAUCCGAACUUUGGGCAUUUUUUUCCAAUUCAGACCGACAUCUCUACCAUCAGUCGGUUCAUAUUUGGGUCGAGGCCGGUGGAACCAGUUGGGUUUGUGCGGUCCUUUGUUGGGAUCAAGUAGAUUUUUAUCCUUUGGAAUCUGUGGCGGGUCGUUCUUGAAGGGCACCAUUGUCGAGAAGGUCUGGGCAUCGAUGGUGAUCAAAGGACUGGUCUUUCUUGGGGGAUCGAAGCCUCAAAGGCCGAUGAGUGUGCCCAUCUAUGUCCCCAGAGACAUCAAGGUUCCAUGCACCUCUUCCCCAAUAUAGUAACUUCAAACAAUGAAACGAAGGACAAGGUUCAUCGGAGCGAAGGACUUGCACAGAUUGAGCUCUAUCUCUACAGAUUCCAUCACGGCCUUUGGAUUUGGCCUUCCAACCAAAAGCUACGUCUUUUAGAUGGGGGACAGAGAUCAGAGGAAAGACAGCUUGGGCAUACAAGCUAUAAAUCAUCAAAACUCACCAGAUUCAGUCCAAAGAUGUGGCAGAGUCUUGGUUUUCUCAAGUUGAAACACUGACAAAGCAUAGAGGAGGAUGUGCCAUUUCCCAAUCAUGAGUAGAAGCCUGAAGAAUACAUUUUUGAUCCUCUGUCUGGUCAGCUGUGCCUUUUGGCCUUGUUGGCCACAAUCUGCUGUCUCGGCAGCUUCUGAUGGCGAGCCCAAUCUCGUUAGAUCAACUCGGAGUGGGCGAAUUAGAGGCGUGCGACAAAAGGGUGGCAAUGGCAAGGAUGUGGACAUGUGGUGGGGUGUGCCCUAUGCGGAGCCUCCCGUGGGAGACUUGCGUUUCAGAGCUCCACAGCCAGUAAAAAGAUGGAAAGGAAUCAAGGAUGCGUUGGAUAAGCCCAAUUCCUGCGUGCAGAUCUCCGAUACCAUGUUCCCAGGAUUCUCCGGAGCGGAAAUGUGGAACGCAAACACCCGACAGAGCGAGGAUUGCCUCUAUCUCAAUAUCGCCGUACCAACAACGAAACUCAAUAACAGUGCUGUGAUGGUGUGGAUCUAUGGUGGAUCCUUCUACAGUGGAACAUCCACAUUGGAUGUCUAUGACCCAAAGAUCUUGGCCUCCGAACAAAAUAUCAUCGUAGCAUCCCUGCAAUACAGGGUGGCCUCCCUUGGCUUUCUCUAUCUGGGUGAUGAAGGAGUUGACGGCAACGCUGGGCUUUUGGACCAACGCCUCGCCAUCAAAUGGAUCCGUGAUAACAUCCAUGUCUUUGGUGGCAACCCCAACAAUAUUACGCUUUUCUCAGAAUCCGCCGGAUCUGCCAGUGUGGCCUUCCACCUUCUGGCCCCUGGCUCCAAUCCCUUUUUCUCGCAGGCCAUUCUUCAGUCGGCAGCUGCCACCAAUCAGUGGUCCAUGGUGACUAAAAAGGAGGCAAAAUUGAAGGCAAUGCGUCUAGCUGAGCUUCUAAAAUGUCCUCACAGCCAGGAGGAGAUGACCUACAUGGUGGAUUGCCUUAGAAAUGCCAAUGCCACUGAAAUGGUUAACAAGGAGUGGGAUGGCAUUGCGUUUGGCAUUAUGGGGUGCCCAUUCACUCCUGUGUAUGACGGGGUCUUCUUCCCAGAAUCCCCCAAGAAAGCGCUUGAGAAGCGACAUUUCAAGAACACAAACAUCCUCUUGGGCACCAAUCGCAAUGAGGGCUACUACUUCAUCAUUUAUUACCUGACGGAUGUGUUCAGAGUCAAGGGCAAUAUCACGAUAAAGCGAAGCCAAUUCGAGACCCUGGUGAAAGAGUUGAACUUGUACGUCAAAUCCGUGGGGAUUCAGGCUAUCAUCUACGAAUACACCUCUUGGCUCAGCCCCAACAAUACGGAGGAGAUGAUGAAAGCCUUGGAUAUGAUGGUGGGGGACUAUCAAUUCACGUGUCCCACCAUUGAAUUCGCUGACAGUUAUGCCGAGAACUUCAAUAACGUGUAUCAAUAUCUAUUUGAUCAUCGCGCGAGUAAUCAUCCAUGGCCGGAUUGGACGGGUGUUCUUCAUGGCGACGAGAUCAGCUUCAUCUUUGGAGAGCCCUUGAACACGAACUUAAAUUUCACCGAGGAGGAGAAGACCUUCAGUCGCGACGUCAUGACUUACUGGGCCAAUUUUGCCAAGACUGGGAACCCUAAUAAAUUCCCCAACGGAUCGUGGACCAAAGUCUAUUGGCCCGUUCACUCUGCCCUAAAUCGGGAAUACCUCACUCUGAAUCUGCACAAUAAAUCUCGCGGCAACGGUUUUCGGGCACGAAAAUGUGCCUUCUGGAACAACUAUCUUCCCAAUCUUUUGGCCUCCAACGAACCCACCAACGAAUGUUCAUCGCUCACUUGUCAGAAGCAGUGCCAAUCCAAGUCCACAAAGCCCACGCAGCGGGCGAAGAACAAGAAAUUGGCGGCAGAUGGCGAGGAGUUCUAUGACGUCGAUGGGACGUCCUCGACGGCCUCCAUGGCACCCUCAGCACACGUGUUCACCAUUGUUAUCAUCUUCUUCCUUCUGGUCAUUUUCACGCUGAUUCUUCUGGUUUCCUGACUAUUGUGGAAAUCUCACAAACGUUUUGGAUCUUGGCACGAAGUCAUGCGUACUUUCAGGUCAUCCCAGCCUCAGACUCAGGUUUGAGUUUGGAUGUCCCCAUAGAUGACUGAAAACCCCGCUCUGCCAAUAUGAGGCCAUCAAGUCGUGCCUUUGAAAAGCAGAAAACAACUUAGGUACCUUUUUUGCCGCUCAAGCGUGUGGUGGAAAAUUUGGACAAAACAAAUUUAUUGACUAGGUUCGGAGAAUUAUGAUUGCAAGUUCCGACCAAAGCCUGUAGAAGCUCACUGAACCUAGUCAAUAAAUAUUCUUGCACAUUUCUCCACUUCAUUCAUCAAUUGCACUAAAUGCUUAUCCAAUUAGCACCUAGUCAGAUAUCUAGUCACGCACCAAAGCACCAUAUUUCGCUUGUAAAGCCACCCCAACUAGAAACAGCACAAGCCUAUCAGUAUAUAUAUGAUAAAAAUCAAAGAUGAAUGUGAGAAUCUACGUGUUGAUUGAGGCUCCAUUUUGUUGUUGUUGUGCCAAUGUCUGUUCAAUCAAUAUUGAUAAAAAUGUUGUGGACAAGACUUUUGUUGUGGUGUGGUGUCCGAGGGGCCUUCUUCAAUUUUGGUUUACUCUGGUUCGUUUUUCUAACCUUUCUUCGAACACGAGGGGACCAAAUACCUUCUCUUAAUUGUCGCUUUGUUUGGCACCUUUUUUUAUCUAUUAAAAAUAGCAAUAAUCCUUUCUUGAUUCCCUGGCUCAAAAGUAAUCGUUUUACACGUACCAACCCUGAACAUUCGCUGCUCGUUUGCGGUGUCCGUUAAAAUGAUGCCAUACGAAUGGUGUUUGGCCUCGAGGGAUCCCAAUAUCCCGUUGGAAGUCACUUAUGGGUGUAACUAUUCUUUCAGGGGCGUGGAGCCAUGAGUAUGGAUGAUGGAAAUGUAACGGACAACUCGUCCGUGGCCACCCACAUCUGAGAUCUGGCUCAGAUCCGAACAACUCCCACUACGAAGUUUGUGAGAUUUCAAAGACAACAGCACCAAGUAUACGCGCGAAAGCGGACUAGUAUGUUGACAAAGUGAAUUAGUUCAUUGUAAAACCAGAACCAGAAGCCAUUACUUCAGUGUCAUCGGUCCACAUUGUGGACAUCAGCAUGGCUAUGUUUUUCUUUCAAAAUCAAAGUGACUUAUUUGAUCCCGUGUCAGUAUGUUCAUCACCACACGCAUUCCUCCUGGUGAUUAGAAGAUUUGCAAUUCUUAUUAUGAGGUACUCAUAUCCCGUUUGUGUCACCUUGAUCCUGGAUGUUUAUCAAGGACGAACGAAGAGCAGCUAAAACUAGGCACCAGUUUACAAUGGCUGCUGCUGCUGCCAUUUUCUUCAAACCCUCUCACAGUAUCCAUUUCCGAAUAGGAUCGAGUUCCUUGUGGUUGUUUUGAGAGUCUGAGCUGAUAUUAUUGUCAUUCUUACACACAUACUAACAAGGAAACAGUGCAUCGUA